AAUAAUAGAACACGACCCAAGAAAAAUAUAUAAAUAGAUAAAGCUUACAUUUACAUGUAAAAGUGCUUAAAAUUGAAUCCAUAGGACGGAAUUUGGGUUCAAUGACUAGACGUAAUAAUGUUUGUUCCCCUCAGAUGUGUAGCCGUUGGUUCCCGCCUUAACCACGGUCUCUUGAUUUCCUGCCCUUCGCACUUUCUCUCCAUCGCUUCUCCACCAGCGAAGACCAACUCCGAUCCCAAAUUCAAGUGCGCUACUCAUCAGAAUCUCCAUUCUCAUCUAGAGAAAUGCUCAACCAUGGAAGAGCUCAAACAAAUCCAUCCCCAGAUUAUAGAAAAUGGAUUGUCCCAAGAAAACUUUACUGUAGGAAAACUAAUCGCUUUCUGUGCCAUCUCCGAAAUGGGCGAUCUCCAAUAUGCGCGGUUGGUUUUCGAUCGAACUGCAGAACCCAACAGAUUCAUGUGGAAUAGUUUGAUACGGGGUUAUUCCAAUAGAAAUGACACCAAGGAGGUUCUUUUCCUCUAUGGUAGAAUGAUAGGCUCGGGUCUUUCUCCAAACGAAUUUACCCUCCCGUUCGUUCUCAAGGGUUGUGCUUGCGAGUUGGCGUUUAUGGAGGCUAAAAUCAUUCAUGGUCAGGCUCUCAAGCUCGGGAUCGGGUCUCAUGUAUGUGUGCAAAAUUCCCUCUUGAAUGCUUAUGCGCUCUGUGGGUCCAUUAAUGGUGCCCGAAGCUUGUUCGACAUUAUUUCUGAAAGAACUCUUGUUUCUUGGAAUUCAAUGAUUGGUGGGUAUUCCCGGAUGGGUUUCUGCAAGGAAGCAUUUUCUCUCUUUCGUGAGAUGUGGGACUUGGGUUUGGAACCGGAUGAGUUUACAUGGGUUAAUCUCCUUUCCGUUUGUUCACAAACUGGGAAUUUUGAUCUGGGGCGAUUCGUGCAUUCUUACAUAGUAGUCACAGGGUCUAAAAUGGAUUUGUUUGUUAGGAAUGCUUUAGUGGAUAUGUAUGCUAAGUGUGGGCAUUUGCUGUUUGCUCAAGUAUUUUUCGAUAGAAUGCCCGACAAAAAUGUGGUCUCGUGGACUUCUAUAGUUAAUGCUUAUUCUAAACAUGGGCUUUUGGAUGUUGCUCGACAGGUGUUCAAUCGGAUGCCUGAGAAGAAUAUUGUUUCUUGGAAUUCAAUGAUUUCAUGCUGUGUCCAACACAACAGAUGCAGAGAGGCCUUGGAUCUCUUCACUCAGAUGUGUAACUCUGGAUUGGAUCCUGACGACGCAACAUUGGUAAGCAUUCUUGGAGCUUGUAGCCAACUUGGUGAUUUGAUUAUGGGGAUGAACACCCAUAUUUACUUGUGCAAUAGGAGUGUACCGCCUAGUGUUACCUUGUAUAAUUCCCUUAUAGACAUGUAUGCAAAAUGCGGUCCCAUAGACAUUGCCUUUGAUAUAUUCAGGAAGAUGCCUGAGAGGAAUGUGGUAUCAUGGAAUGUGAUGAUUGGGGCCCUUGCUAUGCAUGGGUGUGGUCUUGAUGCAAUCAAACUUUUUGAAAAGAUGCAAGAUGAGAAGGUCCCUCCUGAUGAAGUCACGUUUGUUGGAGUGCUAAGUGCUUGUAGUCAUAGUGGCUUUGUAGACAAAGGCAGACAUUAUUUUGACAGUAUGAGUCUUGUCUAUGCGGUUCAACCCGAAAUUGAACAUUAUGCAUGCAUGGUUGACCUUCUUGGGCGAGGAGGUCACUUAAGUGAAGCAGUUAACCUAAUAGGAGUUAUGCCCGUAAAGCCUGAUAUUGUUGUGUGGGGUGCACUGCUAGGUGCUUGUAGGAUUUAUGGGGAUGUAGAGAUCGGGAAGCAAGUUCUAAAACAACUAUUGGAGUUGGAGCCACAUAGUGGAGGGCUUUAUAUUCUCAUCGCAAACAUAUAUUGUGAAGCUCAAAGGUGGGGAGACGUGAAGAAAGUGAGGAAAUUGAUGAAGGAUAAACGGAUUAAUAAGGUUAUAGCUCAAAGCUUGAUUGAAAUCGAUGGCCAUAUUUAUGAAUUCAUGGUUGGGGACAAGAGACAUGUACUCUCGAGUACCAUCUACUCCAUGAUCGAACAACUAACAAGUCACUUGAAGUCCAUUGGAUAUUUAUGUUGCACCUCAAGAGCCUUUUUAGAUGUAGAGGAAAUGUAAUAUUUUACUGAACAGAAUCUUCUUGUUGUAUAAGAGGGUUGGACUGCAUAAUUAUAUUUUUAUCAUCCACAGAAGCACUAGUGAGGAAGAAAAGGAAAACCACAGAAGAAGCAUGAAAAGGAACUUCACCCAUAUUAAGGACAUAUUCAUAUUCCGUGUCCUUGUAAGUACAAGGGAAAUGGAACUAACCUCAUUGAACACUUGCAUUCAUGGGAAGAUUCCAAAUGUUUCUUUGGGCAACAGACUUCUUUAUAUCGGGUCUUAAAAUUAUCUUUGAUCCACUUCUCCAUUAUAGGGCUUGAAGGAUCCCUGUGGCACCACUGGAAAAUAGUGAAUAAAGUUUUGAGGUACAUGCACUCAUGCAGCACAAUUGUUCCCGACUUGAAGAUGUUAUACAGUGUUGGAUUGGGACGUGCGAAAUUAUGAUGCCAUAGUUUAAUGUGGAAUAAAUCCUCUAUUAGCAUCUUGAGAUUUUAUUCUUUCCUUACUAAUCUAGAUCAUAACAGUAAUUCAUGUUACACAUGCAACUGGGUUCCAUUCCUUGGUAAGAUGGAUUUGAUUUGCAUAUAUUUAGUUAAAGAACAAUACUAUACUAAGAUUAUUCUGUGGAAUCUUUGAAA